UAUAUAGCUAACACUGCAAUAAGUGGAAAAUAAACACUGAAACAUAUCUUACACGUUUUGCUUAAAAUAAAUUAAUUACAUAAGUUGUUCGACGUUUACCGAAAGCGAAAAGGAAGAAACUUAGUUUACCAAUGUUUUAUACCAAAUAUUGAUUUUAUUCUAUAAUUUUACCUUGAUCAAGUAAUGUAAAUAUUCCGUGUUUAUUAUAUGUAUUUAACAAUGUAUAAAUUAAAUAGCAUAGCAGGUAUAGUGAUUAAAAUACGAAGUAAAUUAAUUGAAAUAUUUGGCCUCCAGCGAACUCGUUCGAAUUCGAAUCUAUCUUCCAGACAAGUCACUGUCGAUGUCAUUGCUUCAAUCAUUGCGAUAACUAAUUGACCUUAAGAGUCCUGGAGAGUCGGAUAACAGUUUUUGAGUUGCUUUAAAAUCAUAGUACCGAAACAUGAGUGAACCAAUAAAUGUGGCAGUUACGGGAGCUGCAGGGCAAAUUGCCUAUUCUUUGUUGUACCAGCUUGCUGCUGGUACAGUUUUUGGACCAGACCAACCAAUUAAUCUUCGUUUAUUAGAUAUUCCAGUUCAGAUGAAAGUAUUAGAGGGAGUAGUUAUGGAACUAGAAGAUUUAGCUCUUCCACUUUUAAGGGAAGUUACUCCAACAGCUGAUCCAGCUGUAGCUUUCAAAGAUAUAGCUGCAGCUUUUCUCCUUGGGGCAAUGCCUCGAAAACAGGGAAUGGAACGAAAAGAUCUUUUAGCAGCUAAUGUACAAAUUUUUAAAGUACAAGGAGAAGCAUUGGAUAAGCAUGCACGAAAAGAUGUUAAAGUUUUGGUUGUGGGCAAUCCUGCUAAUACAAAUGCUUUGAUUUGCUCUCACUAUGCACCAAGUAUUCCUAAAAAAAAUUUUACAGCAAUGACAAGAUUAGAUCAGAAUCGUGCUCAAUCAACUUUAGCUAUUCGAUUGAAUGUUCCGGCUGAUAAAGUAAAAAAUACAAUUAUUUGGGGUAACCACAGUUCAACUCAAUAUCCUGAUGCCUCUCAUGCUACUGUAACCUUUCAAUGCAACCCUGUACCAGUACCUGAAGCUGUAAAGGAUGAUAACUGGUUGAAUACUACCUUUAUUGAAAAAAUUCAGAAACGCGGUGCAACUGUGAUUGCUGCUAGAGGCAUGUCAUCUGCUAUGUCAGCUGCUAAAGCAGCUGGGGAUCACAUGAGAGAUUGGUUCUUUGGUACAAAGCCAGCUCAAUGGGUUAGCAUGGGUGUACUAUCUGAUGGUAGUUAUGGAAUCCCAAAGGAUUUGGUGUUCUCAUUUCCAGUUACUAUUGAAAAUGGAGAGUUCAAAAUUGUUCAGGGACUUCCGAUCAGCGAUUUUGCUAGAAAAAUGUUGAAUAUUACAUCUAAAGAGUUGGAAGAGGAACGUGAAGAAGCAAAUAAAGUACUGCAUAGCAAGUGACUAGAGUUGACAAAUGAUCGUUCUGAGAACCCCUUACCUGUUCCAGCAAAAUUGUAAAGAAUUAAUGUUUAAAUUUUGCAUAAUAUAUACAUUGUGAUAUAUAAUACAUAGGCCAUGAUUAUUUUACGGAAUUUUUAAGUUGGCAUACAUGAGCCUAAUAUAUAUUAAUGGUACAUAUAUAUUAUAUGGGAUCUAAUAAUAUGCGUAUCUUUUCUAAAUGGCACAUGAAUUGUUGAAUGUAUAUAUAAGUUUAUAUUCUUAGACUGUAUAAAACGUGUAACAAAUUAUAUUGAAAAGCAUGUUAUACUUUAUAA